UGAUUGGUCAAUCUUUUCAAAGGGGCGUGACCAAACGUCAAUGUUUAUGUGGUCCACUGUCCGUCUGUGUAUGUAACCAAACCAAGGUCUCUGCAAUGUGAUUUCCUGGCAUUAAUUUGUUUUCAUGUAAUUUUGCUUGCUGUCUUUACCACAUUAUGCACCGGCCUCUGAUAUGGGGCGUCACUAGCGGGUGAAAGACGGAAGAAACCGAGGAAAACGCCGGGAUGGCAGGCGCCUUUGGGUUCAAAGGCUGCCAGAAAAUUCGAGGUCCGCAGAUUAGAAGUCUGCUUGAGGCGAAGGAUUUCUUUCUCUUUGACUGCGACGGGGUCAUAUGGCACGGAGAGAAUGCAAUCACCGGCGCGGCGAAGGUGGUCAAUGCGCUGAUUCGCCACGGAAAAAACGUAGUGUUCGUCACUAACAACUGCACCAGGCCGCGGGAGAAUUAUGUGCACAAGUUUUACCGGCUGGGCUUUACCGACGUGAUGCUGGAGCAGAUCUUCAGCUCGUCUUACUGCUCAGCCCUCUAUCUGAGAGAUGUCGUCAAGGUCCCCGGCCAGGUGUUUGUCAUCGGCUGCGAAGGACUUCGCAGAGAGCUAGUGGAGGCGGGAAUCCCCUGCGUGGAGGAGGCGGACGAUCCGGACGCCACCAUCUACAACUGCGCCCUGGCUCCGGACGUUAAGGCGGUGCUGGUGGGGCAUGAUGAUAAACUGACUUUUCUCAAACUGGCCAAAGCCUCGUGUUACCUGAAGGACCCAGACUGUCUGUUUCUGGCAACCGACAACGACCCUUGGCACCCCCUGUCAGGUGGAAGGAUACUGCCAGGUUCUGGUUCCCUAACUGCAGCUCUUGAGGUGGCUUCAGGUCGCAAGGCCACUGUAAUCGGCAAGCCCAGCCGCUUUAUGUUUGAGUGCAUCUCCAGCCAGUUCAGGGGAGUGGAUCCAGCUCAGUGCCUCAUGGUCGGGGACCGCCUGGAGACGGACAUGCUCUUCGGGUCCAACUGUGGCCUGGAUACCAUGCUCACUCUCACCGGUGUGUCUCAGAUCGAGGAAGCCCAGGAGUACAGGAAUAGUGACCUGACCACCAACCGCAGCUUUGUGCCUGACUACGUGGUGGACACCAUUGCUGAUUUCCUGCCAGCAUUUGAGGAACUGGAUGAACAGAGUAAUUGAUGUGUCAUUUUAAAGCCAGUACAGGAGCAGAGAUUGGCUCUGCCACGUUGAAUUUGCAAUGUUGAGUCUGGCACUUAAAAUGUUCCAGUCAACAGUUCUGAAGUUGAUCAUAAUUAACAUGACGCCGUUUAUGUUGUGCACAAGACACAUGUAGAGCGGAUGUUCUCCGCUUAAAUAAUCACGAAUAACCUGUGCAUUCCUGUUUCUUCUAGUGUUGUUGCCAUUUGUGACUUGACAGUUAAUUCUUGCUGUGUUUAAUGAAUAUACUCCACUAUAGAUAGUAUUUGAUAGCCUCUUUUCUUUUUGAGCAUUCAAAGGUAUUUUUGUAAAGGCAUGAAUUGUUCUGCUUUCAUGCGUUUAGGAAGUGGUUAUUUUUGCCAAAAGGCAGUUUUCUCCAGUUUGCCUGGGUGUCACUUCUAGAAAAUAAAACCUAGAGUGAGCAGCUUUUCUUAGCUGUGGUAGAAGCUGACAAUCUGCCAGCCAGACAGGGUAAAGUGUUGAUUCACUUUAAGCCUGUCAUGUCUGUAUUACUUGUACCAAUAUUCAUCCGAGUAAUAAGCUAACAACGCUAAAUGAAGCUCAUAAAAAAAGUUGCCAGUCUUACUGCACUACUGUAAAAUGUUAAUGUUGUGAAUGUUUACCAUAUAGAGCAUGUCUGCAACAGUAUCAACAGCUGAAAGUAAAUUAAAUAUUGUUCAUCUAUCCAA